ACUCUCUUACACCUUUCCUCAAGCUCCGACAAUGGCUUCAGCUUCAGCGACAGCUACUCUUCUCAAACCCACUCCUCUUCCACCGCAUAAACCGAUCAUCACCGCCUCCCUAUCUCCUCCUCCUCUUCCUCCUCCACGUCGUCACAACCUUCUCCGCCGCGAUUUUCUCUCCUUCUCCGCCGCAUCGACAAUUCUUCUAACGCAAUCACUCCCGUUUCUAGCUCCCUCGCCUGCUUCUGCAGCGGAAGACGAGGAGUACGUGAAAGACACGUCGGCAGUGAUCUCCAAAGUUAGGACGACGCUCUCGAUGGAGAGGACAGAUCCGAAUGUGGCGGAUGCGGUGGCGGAGCUGAGAGAAGCGUCGAACUCGUGGGUUGCUAAGUACAGGAAAGAGAAAGCUCUUCUCGGGAAAGCGUCUUUCAGGGAUAUUUACUCGGCGUUGAAUGCUGUUUCCGGACAUUAUGUGAGUUUUGGACCGACGGCUCCGAUCCCGGCGAAGAGGAAGGCGAGGAUUCUUGAAGAGAUGGAGACUGCAGAGAAAGCUUUGUCUAGAGGAAGAUAAAAAUUUACUGUGAGACCUAACCAUUUCUUCUCCUUCUUGAGUUCCUUGUUGAUGAAGUUUUCUUUUGCCUUUAAAUGGAUAUUGGAUUAUAUAAAAAGAGAAACUUGAAUUUGCUCGUUUGUUUUUGUUAAAUACUUUUCAUGAUAGUUACUUGAUUUAUCAUUUACAAUAACCAAUUUCAUUUUCUAAUUAAAAUGUUGAUAUU